GCCGGCCUUCCGGCGAAUUGUGAAUUUUGCAGUCAAUUUUAUUAUUCUAUUUUAGAAAUAGUAUUAUAUUUUAUUUGCACAACUUGCAAACUUAUUGCUGUGAAUUCUGUAAACCAACCAGUUAUUCGUCUCUUUUUGACAUUAGUUAGUUAACCUCAUUUAAUUAUUAUUUUUAUUUGUAGCCUAGUUAAAACAAGAGGAAUAGGCCUAGGCUAACUCAUUUAACCUUUGAAUCAAGUACGCCUGUAAGUUUAAAUAGUUAUAAUGGCAGACGAUGGCUGGGAUUCUGGUGGUGAAAGCUCACAAUCUGCACCUGUCUAUUCAACAACCUUCUCAAGAGGGGGUGGUAGAGGUGGGCGUGGAAGAUUCAACUCUGAUGAUGGUAACCGUAACAACUGGAGGGAUGACAACAGGGAAGAGAGGGGUGGGUGGGGGAAUGACUUCAGAGGUGGACGUGGAGGAAGAGGCUCACGAGGAGGAGGAGGAAGAGGUAGGGAUGGAGAGGGAUUUAACAGAGGUCGAAAUGAUAAUUGUAUAACUAUGACCAUCAGUUCGUCCGAUGUUGGUAGAAUUAUUGGAAAAGGAGGAUCCAAAAUAAGAGAUUUGGAAGCUGAGUCUGGAGCAGAAAUUAAGAUUGAGAAAAACAACGGUGCAGAUGAAACUCAGAUAACACUGCGAGGUUCUGCUGAGAGUCAGGAGAAGGCAAAAGAAUUGAUAGAUGACCUGGUGUGUGAUGUGGAGGGGUGGGGUCCAGGGGGAAAGCCAGGCAUGAGGGGAAGAGGAGGGAGGGGCGGCAGACGAGGGAACGACAGAAGUCACAGCAACAUCCCUAUCAAACGGAGAGAACUGGAUGACAUGGAACCUCCAAACAUAGACUGGGACCAAGUCAACAGAGCUUAUGAGGAGGGCCAGAAACAGAAAUGGGCAAACCUUGCCCCUCUUAUCAAAGAGUUUUAUAAAGAAGACCCCGAAGUCAAGCAUAUGGACCCAGAAUUUGUAGCGCAAUACAGGAAGAAAAAGAACAAUAUCGUUGUGCAGUACACAUUUGGUGAGUGUGGAGAGGGCAUUCCGAACCCGGUUUUGACCUUUGAGCAGGCUUUCGCCCCGUACCCCGAUAUCCUGGAACAGAUUUACAACCAAAACUUCACGGAACCUUCGCCCAUUCAGUGUCAGGCGUGGCCCAUCCUGUUGAGUGGGAAAGAUUUAAUUGGCAUCGCACAGACUGGAACAGGUAAAACCCUGGCAUUCCUGUUGCCUGCGUUGAUCCACAUCGAGGGUCAGCCCACUCCGAGGGGAGAGCGAGGAGGGCCCAACGUCCUUAUAUUGGCUCCAACGAGGGAACUGGCUCAGCAGAUACAAGCUGAGGCCAGCAAAUACUCGUACAGGAACAUAAAGUCGAUGUGCAUCUACGGAGGUGGCAGUCGCCGUGACCAGAUAGAUCAACUGAGGAGAGGGGUGGAGAUUGUAGUGGCGACCCCUGGACGUAUGAAUGACCUGAUUGCUGCCGGUGAUCUGAACCUUCAAGCCAUCACUUAUCUAGUUUUGGAUGAGGCAGACCGAAUGUUAGACAUGGGAUUUGAGCCAGAGAUCCGCAAAACUCUCUUGGAUAUUCGUCCUGACAGACAAACUGUUAUGACCAGUGCUACAUGGCCGGCAGGCGUCAGGCGACUGGCAGAGUCUUACAUGAAGAACCCCAUCCAGGUGUAUGUUGGCUCUCUAGACCUGGCCGCCACACACUCCGUCACCCAGACAAUCGAGUUUAUGGACGAGUCCGAGAAGGAGCCUAGGCUGCUGGACUUUUUGUGCAACAUGGGUCCAGAAGAAAAAGUUAUGGUAUUUGUCGGCAAAAAGUCGAGAGCAGACGACAUCUCCAGUGAGUUAGCACUCGCGGGGGUCAACUGCGAUGUGAUUCACGGUGAUCGAGAGCAAAGCGACCGAGAACAAGCCUUGAUUGAUCUUAAGUCAGGAUAUAUCAGGAUAUUGAUUGCUACAGAUGUAGCCUCUCGUGGAAUCGACAUUCAGGAUAUCACGCACAUCAUCAAUUAUGACUUCCCGCGCAACAUCGAGGAGUAUGUUCACAGAGUUGGGCGUACAGGACGUGCGGGUCGGACUGGCGAGGCCAUCUCGUUUGUCACCCGACAAGAUUGGGCUCAGGCUCGGGACUUGAUAAAGAUGAUGGAGGAGGCGAACCAGAUCGUGCCAGAGGAGCUAUAUCAGAUGGCUGAAAGGUUUGAGGCAAUGAAAGAGAAGAAAGACCAGGAGAGGAGCCGUGGUGGAGGAAGGGGUGGGGGAAGGUUUGGAGGAGGCGGAGGAGGUUAUGGUGGAGGCGGGGGUGGAUAUGGUGGAGGCGGGGGUGGAUAUGGAGGCGGCAGAGGGGGAGGGGGAGGACGAAGAUGUGGUGGCACAUUAUUGGGAAUAUCCUUUCUUCAUUUAAUGCCAGAAACAAGAAGUUCAGUGGCAAGACUACGUUCCGAGGGACACUUUACAAGUUUCCCAGUCCAUAUCUCUCUUGCUGAUACAAUCAUUUGUGUCGGCUUCUUUGUCACUUGUGUGCUUGAUGAAUUGAUCCAUCUGCUAUUACAAUAUGCUGGGUCAGACCACCACCAUCAGCCUCAUGGGAAAAGAGAAACCGAUCUGGAAGCUUUUCAUUUUAUUAAAGAAGGUCCUAAGACAAAGGAAGUGAGCGAAACAAAGGAUAAGGCAACAUCAGCAGACGAGGAGAACGUAGAACCGACUUUACAACAUAGCCAUUCACACUCAGGUAUAAAUAUCCACAUCCCCAGCAUUCUCACAAUCAUGGCUCUCUCUUUCCAUGAUGUGUUUGAGGGGCUCGCCCUUGGGAUUCAGAAGCACGUGGAUGAUGUAUUAUUCAUGUUCCUCUCAAUCGCCACACACAAGUAUGCGAUAGCCUUCUCUGUAAGCCUAGACUUGCUCCUGUCUGGUGUGAGAGACAAUAUGAUAUUCCUGUACACUAUACUGUUCUCAAUAGUGAAUCCAGUGGGGAUUUGUAUUGGUAUUGCUUCUGGUGCAGUCAGCAGCGAGGGAGGGAUUCAAUCUCCAGUGACGGUGUUUAUGCAAGGACUAGCCAGUGGAUCUUUGAUCUAUGUGACAUGUGUUGAAGUGCUCCAACGUCACAAAACCUCCGAAGACCACAUCAGUGGGUUACGCAACACCUUGUUUCUUAUUCUUGGUUUCAUUUUCAUCUUGAUAAUGAAGAUUUAUUUGCCACAUGACCACUCUUUCCACGAAUACAAGGGUCAUGUCUAG